CUCAUAUUGCGGCCAAAUCUCUCGUCUCCAAACCUCGUGAAGAAGAGUCCGAGUUCAUCAUCAAAGCUUGAUGACUAAGACGCGUUAAUUGAUCACGUUCCCACGCGUUGACGACAAGCUGCAGCAUCUACCAAGAGGCUUCAAAGUACGGAGUAAUCGAGACAUAAGCUUGAGAUAUAUAAUUCACGAUGGCUGCCAAUUAUAAAAGAUACCUUGCCGAAAAGGUUCUUAAUGAGCAAGAGAUUGUUACCUACCGCUCGCUGAGCAGAGCUCUAAAAGUCCAUUCCAACUUAGCCAAACAGAUGCUUUCUGAGUUCCACCGCGUUGAGAACUCCAAAAAACCCCAAAGUGUCAAUGCAACUUAUCUCAUCACUGGCACUCAAGCUCCUACGCAGCAACAUGCGCUCAAGGGCCACAUCAGGGAUGGCGACGAUGAGAUUAUGCAAAGCAGUCCCUCCAUGAGCAGCCAGGUGGCACAGCAAGAAGAUAAUGAUGAGAACGAUGAUAUCCCAACGACUACGAUAACUUUGGUGCGCGAGGAAGACUUGCUCGAAGCCAAGAGCCUGCAUCAAACAAUAUUCUCAAUUUUUAUGUAUAGCGUUGAGCCCACCCGUCUGCAGGACUUAAAUGUUCUAAGCGACAUUGGACAUGAUAUACUGCAGCCCCAGCCAGAAGAUCCCCUCGAGCACGGUAAACAGUACGGCAUGAUCCUCAAUAGAAACGUCAAGCGGCGAUCGGGACUUCCACCAGCGCCCCCACCACCUGUUCCUAUCGAAACAGUCAAAAAACCAAAGCCGGCCAAAACAGAUGAAGCACCCAAGACCAUCAAAGUCGAGGAACCUCCUCAGUCACAAGCUAAAAAUCAAGCUCCUCAAGCAUCAUCUAUAGCAUCUUCACGGCCAUCCAAUCGUAGUCACGGUCAAGGUGGAACGGCUGAUAAACCCAGUUCUCUAAAACGAGACACUUCGAAUAUAUUCAAGGCUUUUGCCAAGUCGAAGCCCAAAGUCAAGAAAGAUACACCUGAAAGAUCGAGCGGUCCUGACGUAGAAUCGGCUGAACCCAGUGACCCUGAAGAUGUUGCUCUCGAUGAUUCAUCGGAAGAAGAGCGAGAGGACCUAUUCCUUGACACAGGGACGAGAACCAGCAACUCGAAGAGGGAGGCAAGGAAGGAGAGAGAAGAGAAGCUUCGGAAAAUGAUGGAAGAUGAAGAAAUGACAGAUGCGCCAGAACCAUUCACCACGGAAGAGCCAGAGUCUGCCGAAGCCUCGCAGCCCGAAGAAGCACCGAAGCCCGAGCCUGAUGAGGAAGCGAGCGCUCGGAAGGGCCGACGGAGAGGGAGACGACAAGUGAUGAAAAAGAUGACGAUAAAAGAUGCAGAAGGAUAUCUCGUAACGAAAGAGGAACCUGUCUGGGAAUCAUUUUCAGAAGACGAAGCACCACCACCGGCGAAAAGAAAGCAGGCCAUCUCGGUGACUCCAAAGUCUUCUAGUCAUAAGGGAACCCAGAAAACGGGUCAGGGUCAGGGUAACAUUAUGUCGUUCUUUGGCAGAAAACAGCCUUAAUAGAUUUCUCCACAAUGGAUGAUCGCUUUCGUCUCCAGCGGUAGCAGGCCCAAAGUUAUGAAUGUAACAUCAACCACUUAGCAUCUUUCUACGUCAGAUUCUUUUUUGGAUUCUAUUAUAUUCCCGUACUUAUUGCCCGAUUCCUUAAUGCCUUUGACAUCAUUCUCUCCCCGGGCGAUCUAUAUGUGACACAGUAUGUGACACAGUAUGUAGGGUAAACCCAUAACCAUAAGAAAAAAAAGAGUAAGCAAGCCUCGAAGGAGAAGCCCGAAGCCAAUAAAAUCAUCAUGAUGAUUGGGGAAAAAGGUCGGAAACUUGACAUGGUAACCUUCAAGGAGAAAGGAGCAGCACCGAAGUCACUCACUAGGUUACACUCACAGGGAUGGAAAUACCAGAUAAGCUUUUUCCCGCAAACCGAUCCACCCACCAAGCCACCAAAUGACAGGGAAGUUCAUUUUCAAAGCAAGGGUAACGUCCGUUCCUCUUUCGGCCACGGAACUGGGAUUGUCAGAUGGGUAUUUUAUACCAGGGUUACAAUGAACACA